AUGACAGCAAAACUAAAUACAAUCCGUCUCUCGUCGUUGGCAAUUCUGGCUGGAACAAGUCAAGCCUUUGUGCAACCACCACCACGACAACCACAACAGUCCAGCAACAGUGCAAUGACAGUCCACAUGUCUUCGGAUUGGAACGAUCCUGCGGCUAGUGAUUCCAACUUGUGGAAAUCCGCCGACGACAACUACGAAGACAACGAAGAUUGGCAAGAAAUGAUGGCACGCAAACAGGAUGGAAGCUUUUGGUCCCAGUUUGAACCUUCACCUGAAGAAGAAGAAGAAGACGAUGAUGAUAAAGCCAAAGGAGAAUUAAAGGCACCAGUGGAAGAAGUCGACGAGGCAGAUGCUUGGUUGGAUCAAUUGGCGUCCAUUUCUGGAGAAGAAGUUUCUUUCAACAUGGCCGAAGCCGAACGAGCCGAUAAGGUCCGUCAGAUGCAAGAAUGGGGCUUUGAUGAUGCGACGAUAGCAAAUACAUUCGACGUUGCCAUGGACGACAGUAUGGAACAAGAAGGAAUGGUUGAAGGUAUGAAAGCAUUUGUUGAGGAAGGAUACGCCGACGAUGAUGUUGACUGGACCACGGUAGAAUCGCAUACUAUGGUAGAGAAGGAUAAGGAAACUGGCGAACCAAUUCGACAACAAAUGGUAUAUGUCGAUGAGAUGACAUGCAUUGGAUGUACCAACUGUGCAAUGAUUGCCCAGUCAACUUUCUUCAUGGAAGAAGAAUAUGGAAGGGCCAGAGUCUUUAGCCAGUGGGGCGAUGAUGAAGAAACAAUUGCCAUUGCAAUUGAAACUUGUCCCGUCGAUUGCAUUCACUACGUCCCCUAUGACGAACUCGAAAGACUGGAGAAGGAACGACGUGACCUCAAUAUUAACUACAAGGCUCGUCUUGUCGGAAAUGGUGCCGAAGCCAGCCGAGUAGGAAGCUCCGUCAAGUUUUCCGAACCCCAAAAGAUUUCUGGAAAUGCAGGCCUUCGAUGCAACAAUUGUCCUUCCAGAGGGUGCAAGAAUUGUCCCAUGUUUGGAAUUGGAAAGAAUCCAGUCUUUGAGAAAAAAGAAAAGGAACGGAAACUGAAGGCGGAACGACGAAGAUUGCAAAAGAUGAGAGAGGAAGAUAAAAAGACUGCAGACUUGUAG